AUGAGUACUCUACUGCCAACUGUUUAUCAACAACCAGCCCGGCUGAGCCGCGCUCGGCACCUUAAUACUAUUCUUGAGGAGAAGGAGGACUCACACCACUCGGUCAAGAGCGACAGUGAAGGCGAUGGAAGUGAUACGACCAUCAUCGGUCGUCCGGCAGCAUGGGACCCCAAACUAUUCACAGCCGCUCCUCGCAAAAGCUCUCUGGCAACAACGACAACUUAUCCUCCUUCCCCGGUCUCUUCUGACUCGUGUGGCCCUUCUCCUGCAAGCAGUGCUGGUGAAGGCAUUCAUCGGCAAUCUAUCAGGAGCUCCUAUAGUGGCAGUGAAUCCGGCACAGUCUUUAGUGAUGACUGCCCAUCUCUCGCCAGUGAUCCGACAAGCUUCGCCACCGAAUCCAGCAGGAACAGUCUGGUUAGUAACAGAUCCAGCCGCAACAGGUAUCCGGCGCUAUUGAUUCCUUCGGACUCCUGGGAUUCAUCCAUGGGAAGUCCCAUCAAAGAAAUCAGUAUGGGUAUGUCACCUGCUACCAAGAUUCGACUCUCACCGACAGUCCUGUCCGCCUUGUCAAGAGCUGUCCCGGCCUUUAACGCGCCACCAUCUCUAGGUGACAGCAACAGUACCACCUCGGAAUCCCCCUGUGUGUCUGGCCAAAGCGGUCCUGUCACACCAGACAUGAGGCAUCAACAAUUGACCGAAGGCCAAAGUUGGGGUAAUAUGCCGGCCAGAGCUAUACAACAACAGCACCUCGAAAUUGCUCUCGGUGACGGCCACAGUAUUCUUCUGUCACCUGCAGAGGCUCAUUCUGCUGGUGGCCCGUCCAGCCUUCGAUCACCAGUUGACUGGACCGACAUGGUUGUCAGUUUCCCACAGGUUCCUGGAGCAACACCUCAAGACCUGUCCCCUUUGAUGCCUACAAUCGCCGAGUUGAAGGGACUCGACCAGAAACCCACUUCUGAUGGCUCUGAUGUCGGUGUAAGACUACCCCUUGAGGCUUUGCAGACCUUGCAACAAAUCUCAAGGCAAAGAAGUCCCGACGAAGUUUCCAAUCCUUCCUCUGGUGGAUCACGUCCUUCCAAAAGAACUGGGAGAGGACAAGAGAUGCGGGAGCUGUCAGAGCCAGGCACCAUCAGCCGGCCUCGUAGUGCAGACGGUGUCACCCCAGUUUCAGAUUACAGCUUUUCCCAGCUAAGCAUACCUUCUCCUGGUGGCUUCUUUUCGUCUUUACAAAAUGGUUCUCGUCAUACCUGGUGCCUCAGCAAACCGAAAGGGCCCAGCGUCCCAAGUACUGCCACUGCCGAACUAUUCUACAACCGACCUUGGGAGAAUUCUAGCUCAAGCAAUGUGGUCGAAACAGUCCUUGCUGUAGAAGACACCACGAUGACCGAGGGACCUCCUACCGCUCGUCAAGCCACAUUCAAUCUAUCAGAUGGAACGACAUCCAGCAGAAGACGUAGUCUGCAGUCAGAAGAUGAUGACCUGUAUGGCUCCGGAGUUGUUGAAAACAACCCCGAGGAAAAUAUCAGCGCAAGCUUCGAGUACGAUGAAAACUAUGGGGCUGAUCUUCAGCAUUCAGCAGGAAUGUAUUUGGAUCGAACUGGUUCAUGGCUUGCAGCACAGACGGGGUACAUUUCGUCCUUGCUUGGUGAAGACCCAGAUUUGGAAUUCCAGAAAGAGGCUAGGGCAUCUACAGUGGAUGAAACCGCAAAGGUCGCCCGCCGAACAGUUCAAUUUUCAAACCAACCCAAACUCGAUGUCGCUGUUGUUAUUGACGGAGAUAACAAGUACAGCCCAGAAAGUGAGCCCGAGGCGAAGGAGCCUAUCUUCCUUGCUGCUUUCAAGCAUCUCGUGGCCAAUCGCAAACGAAGAGAUGCAUUCAUCCAUGCAACUUCUCGUCUGGAGGCUGUUCAGUCUGCCCGCAUUGCUUUUCCUGAGAAGCAUGUGACAAAUCUACUGGGACAGCACACGAUGGUUGAGCCUAGCAGGCCAAAGUAUGCUGGUCCUUUCAGUCAAAACCCACGUCAGACUGGCAUCUUCGAUCGCACUGCGGAGCAGAUGGCUUUCAAGACGCUUGAACGUGAGCAGGCUGCCUUAGUUUCUCUCGAGCCCUCAAACUGGCAAGUUGAUGCUUUGAGAGCAUUAUACCAUGGCCGCCUCCUGGCAUCAAACGAAGCGUGCCAGAGACUCAAGCAAAAAUCAACAAUACCUCUGGACGAUCCCUCCUGCGUUGGAAACAAACGCAUACGCAUUCUGGAUAUUGGUGGAACGUCCUCUGCAUCUUGGGCUUGGAACGCUGCUUAUGAGUGGCCGAAUGUCAAAGUCUACACCGUUGUCACAAAACAGCAGGCACAAUCUCAACGUCCUUCUGGGAUGCCAAAACCUGAAGCACCACCUAAUCAUCGGACUGUAUCUGUCCCUCAUCUCUGGCAAUUGCCCUUCCGCAGUGGUCAUUUCGAUGUUGUCUCUGCUCGUUCAUUGCAUGUACUUCUGAAGAACAAUCCAGUUCCCGGAGUGCCUGAAAUUGAUGAGUGGGAAAUGACUCUGCGUGAAUGUAUGAGAGUGCUCAAACCAGGCGGAUACCUAGACUACAUGAUCAUGGACUCGACCAUUGCACACGCAGGUCCAAGGGGAGAAGCCAUGAGCGUCGAAUUUGGCUUCGAGCUUCACCGUCGUGGCUAUGAGAGAGAGGCUGCUAGAAGCUGGCUGCGAAGAUUAAAGAAAGAGGGCUUUGUAGGGGUCAAACGAGCUUGGAUGUUCAUGCCUAUGGGUAGAAAGCCAAUCAGUGAGGCCGACGAACAAAUCCAUGGCUAUACUGGUGGAUGGCAGACUUGGCGACAAGGAGCAAAACCAUUUGUCCCUGCACCUCGUCCUAUCAGUGAGGUUUCCACCAUCAGCAAGAUUGUCAAACAAUACAUGGAUGUCGAAGCAGUGCAAGGUCCUGUAGGGACCACAGAAGACGUCGCUGAUCUCACGGGGUUGUUGGGGGCAAGGUUGUGGGAGGAAUGGCUUGUCAAAGUCCGAUCGGAGUCAGGUCGAGAACAAUCCCGCUGGCUCGAAGGCGUGGAUGAAGUAAUCGAGGAAGGACGAGAGCAGGGAUCUGGGUGGAAGAUGCUCAUCGGCUGGGCGAGAAAGCCCAAGGUCGAGAAGGGCCCCAAACCUAUGCGUGCGGAAAUCACUAUCGGGGUGGAAGAUCUAGAAGAACUAAGCUCUUCUGGGGAUGAGAAACUCGAGACCAUGGAAAUGGGCAUGAUACCGAUGUUGAUUGAAGAAUGA